CUGGAGUCCUUGAGGUAAAGCCUGAGACUUCUUUUAUCUCACCUCUCUUCCUGAGGCUGCUAGAUCUUUCAAUUCAUGGCUGCGACUACCUCCACGAAUUGCUCUAGCUUCUUCAGCCUGCGUUCAAAUUCUGUUGAGCCAAGGGUCCGUACCACAUCCAGUCAUGGCUCGUCACCGGGGUGUGGAAAGCUUGAUGGGGUAGCUAUGUGGUUCAUCAAUGGUGUGGCAAGUGCGUUUUUUGCAUCCUUGGAGAGAUGUUCCUGCAUCCGUAUUGCCACUGAGGAUGAUGGUGAUGAAGCUAACGAUGCACCCUUGAUUCUCAAUGAUGGAAACAUGAGGCACCUUGAAGGUGGCACUAUUAGCCGGAGAAGGACAGGGAAAGGCAAGAGGAGUGCUAGGGCAUUUGAUGAGGACUGAAUUUCUGCAUGGGUUUGCUUCAGCAAACUUGCAAAGAACGUUCAUUUUGGUAAGUCAUGGGGUUUUGGGAUGUGUGAGGUUGGUUUGCUUCUUCUUUUUGUUCUUGGAAAGGUUGGGAAAUGGUAAAGUUAAGGACAGUUGUGUUUGAUGGUCUGAUCUCUUAUGAGUUAUGAUACUUUGAUCAAUUAUAAUAUAUAUGGAAACAAUUCAAUAACAGAAUUCAAAUUA